AUGAAGCUCCUUACCAAGGAACAAGAGCAAGAGCAUUAUACGGAGACGCUGAAAGGCGGUACGAUUGGUGGUCUUGGUGGUCUGGCGCUAGGAACUACUGGUGUCCUCUUUGCGUCUCGUCGAUAUGCCUUCUUUCGAGGACUUACACUGCCUCUACGAGCCUUCCUUAUCACCUCUGCUGGUACUUUCGGCGGCAUCAUUGCAGCAGAUCACUGGUCUCGAGCAUAUGAAAGGGCACAGAACCCCAAGGAUGUAGAAUACAAGGAACGUGAGCGACAAAGGCAAGAGAAGGAGGUAGCAGGCAAGUCAUUCACCCAAAGAGCUAUGGAUUUUGGCAAGAAGGAAAGGUACAAGAUUGUCGGCGCUUCUUGGAUAGCUUCUAUGAUCGGAGCCUUUGCAUUGGUCAACCGCAACAAAUAUCUUACUGGUCCUCAGAAACUGGUACAGGCUCGUGUGUACGCUCAGUUUCUAACUGUAGGUGUACUCGUCGCAUCUGCUGCAUUCGAAAUCAGUGACCGCAACAACGAGACUGGACGAUACGAGACUGUAAAGAUCGUCGACCCCAGCGAUCCAGAGCACAAACGUAUGAUUGAGAGAAAGCAGGAACUCCCACCUGCAGAUCCAGGCGAUGAGCUAUGGAAGGAAAUGAUCGCUGAUGAAGAGCAAAGACUGAAAGAUCGUGAUGAGGAGGAGAAGAGGGUCAGAAAACAGACCCACAAGAAGCAUAGUCAUCCUGCCCCUAAGAAGGAGAAGAAGAACGAGCACGAAGACGAAGACAAAAAGGAUGAUGGCCAAAAAGAGGACAAGAAGGCAAAGAAAUGA